AUGCUGCUUGAAGCAUACAACUACGGCGUUUCAGUCGAUUUUGAUGGGCCAACCGAGCACCUUGGUACUGUCGAGAAGCCUCUGUCUGCUGUCUUUCCACUACCUCGAAAGAACAAUGCUGAGCUGAGCACAUCUACAUUCCAGGCGGCGAACGGCGUCGUCGUAACGAUGCAGGACCUCAAAGAUGUGCACGUUCAACCAAAAUACAACGGGCAGUACGGGGUCAAGCUAGGUAGCAGAUACGGCUCUAUUCGCGCCAAAAAGGCUCGAACGCCAUUCGACAUCAAUGGCUACCUACGCGGCUAUUGCGAUCAUGCUCCUCAAGGAACGAUCAUUCACCCAUCGGUGUACCUUUUGCUGGACGAGCACAUCACCGUGGCUUUAGACACGAAGGAAGCCAAGCUACAGCGAAGCCUGGAAGACUGGAGAGACAAGACUCUAGGCAUGGAGAAUGGCAUGACAAACUUCGGCUUCUGGGGCGGGGACGAUCUAGCCUCUGCACCGGAUCCUGGUGCUAUCAGGGUACUGGUCUGCGGCAAUACUGGGGUGGGAAAGUCGACGUUGAUCAACAAGACUUUUGGCGUGGACGUCACGCAGAGCUCCGAUCGGUCGAGAGGCAUACAUGAUGUUAAGGAGGAAAUCACGUUUGAAGGUCGACCUGAUCUGGUCGUACAUGAUUCUGGCGGCUUCGAAGCCGGUGCAGAUGCGGAGUUUCUCGCUAUCGAAGAAUUUCUCAAGGCGAAGUCGGCGGUACUAGAGGUGGAGCAGAGGCUGCAUGUUAUAUGGUUCUGCAUCGAGAUCAACAGCGCGAGAACCUUACAGACAGCCACCGAGAAGCUGUUCCAAGCAGUUGGGGUGUAUGCGAAUGAAGUUCCGAUCGUGGUGGUGGCAACGAAGAAAGACGGUCUACUGGACUUGGAGUAUAUGAAGCGCAAGAAAGAACUCAAGAAGCUGAAGCAGCCAUUCAAUGAAGAAGCGUGUGAGCAGUAUGCCGAAGAACAACUCCAAGUCCGACUUGAUCAGAUUCGGGAAGAGAUGGAGUCAGUACCAGGAGGCAGACUCGAUGCUCUGGUAGCUGUGAGCCAAGGCAAGUAUACUCUCCUUGAAUGCUGGGCGGAAAGUUAA